AUGGAUGGUAUUGCAGAGCGUCUCGAAAACAACCGAGCCAUGUCCGUGUUCGCCAGUGUCAAGCGCACGGGCGUCAAAGCCCAGCAACUCGAUGCUGAGGGCAACUUGGUUGAGGUUGAAACGCGCGAGGAUGAGGAGCAAGCGGUCAAGUACGAGCAGAUUAUCGAACUGCUUUUGGCGGCUGGUUACUUUCGCGCGCGCAUCAGCGGCCUCUCCCAGUUCGACAAGGUCGUCGGUGGCAUGGUGUGGAGCAUCACGGCCAGCAACGUCGACAUUGACAUUGACUUGACUCUACCAUCGGUCAACGCAUGUGCCCCGCUUUCUGAAAAGAUUGUCACCGCUCUGACCAAGAUGAAGUGCCCUUCCCGCAUUGAUCCCCAUCAAAUCCAGGGUCUCGAUUGCAUCCACCUCUUCCCCGUUUUCCAGUGGCUCGUCAAGAAGGUCAUCGAGACUCGCGAGGAGAUGGGCGACUACAUUCGCAACUUUGCUGUGGCGCAGUUCAGCAAGGAGAACUCGACGCCGCAAGACGAGGAGAUUGAUUCGCGCAUGAAUGUCACAACGGCCACCGUGGCCAACGUCAAGCGUGCCUACAAGCCCCAACGCCGCUACCGUCGCCCGGCUGGCGCUCGUGCAGCGAGCCACAUCUCGCAGUCUCGCGACCCCGACGAAGAGUCCGACCGCGUGCACACGACGCUGCUCGAGUACGGCCAGCGCUACAAGCUCAGCCGUGCGGCCCAGGAGAAGGCGAGCAAGAAGGGCAUUGACGACAAGAUUCCUGCAGGACUCGCUGGCCAGCAGAAGGAAAAGGACGACGGCGUGGAUGACGCCGAGGAAGAAGAGCGCCGUGUCCGCGCGCUGAUGGCGGCCAUGUCUGCCACCGAAGGUCGCGAGGGCGCUGUGUCUUCGUCGGCCCUCGGCGGCAUGAUUGGCAUGCAGUCGGAUGAGAUUCGACAGCUUGUCAACGAGUACAACGAGAAGCAAGCUGGCCUGGGCGCUGGCGGCGAUGCCCGCGGUGGCGGUGCUCAAAACCACAAGCGUCUGAUUGCCUCGCUUGAGAAGCAGAUUGCUUUGAUGGACAAGCGUCACGCUGAGAUUAAGGAAUUGUACGACCGCCUCUCGGGCAAGUACAAUGCAACCCAGGCAGAGCUGGAUGCCGUCCUUGCUCACAAUGCCAAGAUUGACGCCGAGCUGGCCAAGUUCGAGGCCAUGCAGACCCCUGAAAACUCUGCCGUGCUUGCCCGCCUCAGCUCGCUGGUGACCUUGAACGAGAGCUUGAAAAAGCAAGAGACCGACUUCCGCGCAUCCUGCAAAGAGGAGGUUGCGCGAUUGCAGGAGGCCAUCGAGAAGCUCAAGGCUGGCGAAGCUGGAGGCGACGACGAAGAGAAGGAGCGUCUGCGUCUGAUCAACGAGCAGUUUGAGGCAGACAAGGAUCGGUUGCAAAAGAUUCGCGUGUUGCUCGGCAAAAAGAACCGCGACAUUGCGGCCAUCACACGCCUGAUUGACGAAAUCCCGUCGCGCAGCGAGCUCACGCAGUACCAAAAGCGAUUUGUCGAGCUGUACAACCAGGUCGCGGCCAAGCUCACCGAAACCAAGCAGUACUACACGCUUUACAACACGCUCGACGACACCAAGCUCUAUAUGUCCAAAGAGCUGUCGCUGCUCAACUCCAUCCACGACUCCUUCGAGCGUGCGAUGGCCACUGCGCAGAACAAGGAGCAGUUCCUGACCCAGUUCGAGAACAUUGUGACUGGUGUCAAGGCCAACCUGGAGAAGGUGGACAAACGCCGAGACAACGAAAAGGCCAAACGCGACAAGCUCAACGACGAGUAUCUCGAGCUUGUGGACAAGCAGCGCUUGUACUACAAGACCGUCAAGGAGUUCCAAGAGGAGUGCCGCAAGAACGAAAACCUUCUCGCUCAAUUCGAAGCUGCAUAA